AUGAAUCGUGGUUCUCUAUCGAAUUUCAAAUAUCAACUGGUUGUGGAGUUAAGUGAUGAACAAAGAACGACCAAAAUUCUGUCAUUGAGAUUGAGCGACGAUAUCACUUUGAUUGAUUGACCUUAUAAGAAACUAUAAACUCAUCAUCAAAAGAAAAGGGAUCGAAUCAGAUUCGGAUCAUGAGCCAUUAACAAGUUCGACCUCCCCCCAAGGUUAUAGUUCGAGCAUGAGUGAAAAUGAACGUAGAGUGUUCAAACAAGACAAUUGCAGUAGUGACGAGAGUGAGAAUGAUACUCAAUCAAAUUUACUUGGCGCCUUACCAUUCAGUAUUCAGAAAACGAGAAUGAGGGGAGCAAUUCCUUCGUAUGGAAAUAUAGAUGAGAAACAUUUGACUACAAAUGGCAACGAGAACAUAUACGAUGUACUUCAAAAGUACUCCAACCUUGACGAUGCAGUUACAGAAAAUACGAGACUGUUGCCUGUUAAGAAAGUUGGACUAGAAGACAGUUUCCAGGAAAUUAGGAAGGACAAGACCCAAACAAAUAGUUCUCUGGUUACCAUAUUCGCGGUAUGGAACACAACAAUGGGAAGUUCUUUGCUAGCCAUGGCAUGGGGAAUCGAGAAAAGUGGAUUGUUUCCUGGGAUUCUCAUAAAUAUCAUCAUCGCAGGACUGUGCACUUAUACCGCUUACAUUCUACUCAGCAUAAAUGCUAAACAUGGUGUAGUUGGGCAGAAUUUCGAAGUUUCAGAUCUCUGUGGCCUUCUGGUAGGACGAUGGGCAGAAGUUGUUUCGAAAAUAUUCUCACUGAUCGUACUGAUAGGAGGGGACAUCGUAUAUUGGAUUCUGAUGUCUAAUUUCCUGUACAAUUUCGUAUAUUUCCUACACGGGUAUCUGACUGGUAGUGAGAGCGUAGAAAUUGAGAAAAGUCCAUUGUGUUUGAAGGAAAAUAUCUUGGGCAUCAACGAAACGAAUAUACUGCCACCUUCAGGAGUGUUCCCCAUGGAAAUCACUGUCUUCGAUAAGGUUUGGGACCUCUACAGUACGGUCCCUGUAUUUCUGGCUGUGAUCACGCUUCCCCUUCUGAACUUCAAAAGUCCCACUUUCUUCACGAAAUUCAAUUCUCUCGGUACAUUCAGUGUUGGCUACCUUCUUAUUUUCGUGGCUAUCAAAUCAGUCGGAUGGGGAGUACACAUCCAAAACUGGUCGAUAGAAUUCGAUUUGAAGCCGACAUUUUGUGUUCUGAGUGGAAUGUUGUCUAUGAGUUAUUUCAUACACAACAUUAUAAUUUCGGUCAUGAGGCACAACAAGCAUCAGGAACAAAAUGGUAGAGACCUGACCAUUGCCUUUGGUCUGGUAACAUUCACAUACCUUUUCAUAGGAACGGCAUUUUACAUCACCUUUCCACUAGCAAAAACAUGUAUCGAAGAUAAUCUCCUCAACAAUUUUCCUAAAAGUGACACGAUGGCAAUGGUCGCAAGACUAUUAUUAUUCUUCCAAUUGUUCACGGUGUUCCCAUUGGUCACUUUCAUGUUGAGAACGGACAUAUUCAGCUGCGCCAGUGUUUUGUUCAAAAACAAAAGCUAUAGGGAGUUUUCGUAUGCGAAAGCCAUUCUCGUGAAUUGCUUCAUUGUAUUCGUGUGCAUCAUGUUCGCUUGCUUUCUGCCAAAGAUUGGAACAUUAAUAAGGUAUACAGGAGCUAUGAGCGGCUUAAUUUACGUAUUUUUGAUGCCCAGUUUACUGAAAGUGAUGUCUUUGAGGAAGGAAGGUGCCUUGACUGCAACGAAAUUGAUGUUUUUUGUUGCUAUGAUAUUCACAGGUUUUCUGAAUCUCAUAUCACAAUUUUUCAUCGUUGAUUGA